AUGGCGCCUUGGCUUGGAAAGUAUUCUGUCGAGUUGUCUUUCCGCCAUCCAUGCAGUGGAGGCAGCUUGACAUUCCUACCAGGAUCAACUGGGAAAAUAGAGUGGUCAUUUGACGACAACAUAUCUGAUGUGUUUUCAAGAUCUUGGGCUUUUACAAGUACAGACGGUUCAUUCAAAGACAAAACGAUUGCUACUGUAAGUGAUGAUGAUAAUCCUAAGAUACGCGUCAGUUUUCCUGUGAUUGCAGUGGAAAAACCAGCCACGUUGGUUUUAAAGAACGUUGAUCAUCGUUAUGAUGGAAAAUACGAGUUUCGAGUUCAGUCAUCUACCGAAUCUUCUUCUGAAGUGACCGUCUUCAUGGCAGGACUGUUGCCAUCAACCAUGCUGCCAUCAUCGACCAUAAUGACAUCAGAAAUAACGUCACCAUCACAAACAGUAACAAGCUCGGACAUUUCUUCGACAUCUUCACUAAAAGGAUCAAAGUUCGUGAUGACUUCGUUUGGUUUCAUGAAUCUGUUUGGCCUCAUUUGCCUGAUAUUUCCAUGUCAAGGAGUUAUCUAUCCACCAUCCAGUGGAAACAGCUUGACAUUCCCACCAGGAUCAACUGGAAAAAUAGAGUGGUCAUUUGACGACAACAUAUCUGAUGUGUUUUCACGAUCUUGGAGUUUCACAAGUACAGACGGUUCCGUCAAUAGAAAAGUGAUUGCUACUGUAAGUGAUGAUGAUGAUCCUAAGAUACGCGUCAGUUUUCCUGUGAUUGAAGUUGAAAAACCAGCCACGUUGGUUUUAAACAACGUUGAUCGUCGUUAUGAUGGAAAAUACGAGUUUCAUGUUUCAGCAAACGUCCAAACUUCUUCUGAAGUCACCGUCUUCAUCGCAGAGAAACCAAAUGUGACAUUGAAUUGUUCCAGUCCCGUUUCGCUAUUAAAAGGUGAUAACUUCACAUGUCUGUGCAGAGGUGAAGGUGGAAACCCUCCUGCUAAUGUUACAUGGUUUAAAAAUGGUGAAAAAUUUACCGAUGUUGGAACAGAAAUGCAAACCCUAAAUCUGUUGAAUGUUAGUAGAGAAGAUGAUGGAACUUACAUGUGUGAAGCCACAAGCUACCCUCAUAAGAAUUAUACAGAUAAAGAAUCAAUCCAAGUAACAGUUUACUUCCAUUACAGAGAAAUUUAA